ACAAAUAAUUGAACAAUUAAGAAGAAGAAGACAUGACGUUUUUAUAUUAGGCUAGUUAAUUUUGAAAAGAUAAUUAUUUAUUCUAAUAUUUAUUGAUAGAAAAUGUCAGUUUAUAUUACUUGCGGAACUUCUGGCGGCGGUUUACCGAUAUUUUCGAGAAAAAAAGGAAACGCUGAAACACUCCCAUUUUCUGUAAUAGGAUCUUUGAAUGGUAUACAUAUGUUUGGAAAACCUUUCGGUAUAGAAAUCUUAGAUACUUUAACUGAUGACUAUACCAUAAGUUGGAAGGAAUUUGAAGACAGUAUUAUUUUAAUUGGGGUUGCUAGUGGGUGUUCUAUAGAUGUCCUUAAUAGAGUACUUGUUGAUAUAUUCAACACUACAGUGUUAAUAGUUGGUAUAAAGGAAUUGAAACUACAAAGAAACAUAGAAAGACUAAAAAGAGAAUUGAGAAUAGCAUGUCCUGUUAUUGAUAGAAUAAUGGAUUCACUUGAUUGUGGAGAUGCUAACAAUAAACAUACUUCAGAUAUAGUAGGAUUUGCAGAAACAAUCUUAUGCACUGAAAAUCAUUUAAUACAGAUAGUUUUAGAUUCCUUUACAGAAUAUGUUGAUUCAAUGUUCAGUUGUAUAUUAGUGGAAGGAAAAAUAGCAGCAGCUACAGAAAGUUGGUGGUCAUUACACCCCGAUGAAUUAAGAUUGCUCUCUUUGUUAGCCGUAUCUGAAAAUACAACAGAUUCUAAAGAUAUUCCUGUAUUUUUACCGCAUAAGAGUCCAACUGUCGCUUUUAGAUUUGUAGUAUGUACUUUGAUACCAGAGGUGCAAUUGUGUUGUUUGUGUGGUCCUACACCUCCUCUUAAUGAAAUUGAGUUAUCUGCUACUCAGAUUUUUAGGAAUUCAGCUGAUAUUUUAAAUGCUGCUGCACAGUGUAUUCCCAGAAACUUUCCUGCUUCCUAUAUUAUUGAUUCCAGUAUUUUGGGGCAACUACUAGUAAAUUGUGUUUCUAAAAAAUAUAUGAUAUCAAAAAGUCCUCAACAGCUGACUAAGAAAUCAGCAACAAGUUCUCAUCGUUUGGAUAUCCUCAGGACUUUCUUCUAUAGAGCGGUUUUAAAUAAUUUGAUAUUGUCUGAAGAUUCUUAUGAUAAACAAAAUAAUUCAAUCUUAUCCAAUGAAUGUGAUAAUUUAGAGGUUGUAGAAAAUGCUGGGAUAGAGACUUAUUGGUGUUCUGAAUAUCAUAAAUGUCAUGCUUUAAGAAUUGGUGAUAAUGUAUUAAGUAUAUUAUAUAAUUCAACUGUACCUACAAAUGCUCUAAGAGCUAUUACGGAAAAGACCCUUAGACAAUUAAUAUCAGACAAACAGGUUUGUUGGUAAUAGGAAUGUGUUGUAUGACCACUAAGAAUUCAACAAAAUUUGGCAGGUUGUCAUCAUGGAGAUUAAUAAAAAUGUCAAUGUUUUUUCAAAUAUUUCAAACGAUUUUAAAAUUACAGCUAUGUAAAGAUUCCCAAAAUCCAAUGUGACAUACUUUGUUAUGAAAAGUUUUUUUCAAAACUCAAAUUCAAUAUUAUCAUUUUGACUUUCUCAAAAAGUAAGUUUUUAAAAAUUUUCAAAAAAUUCCUAUAAAAAGAUCACUUUCAAAAAGUAUAAACUAUUUAUAGAAAAUUUUUAAAAAUACUCUUUAUGAGAAAAUCAAAAUUUUUAAUUUGAUUUUUCAAAAAUAAUUUUUAUAACUAAAUAUGUUGUAUGCCAUUAAAAGAAAAAGCAUUUAACACGUUCGUGGACAGUACCUGUUGGUUAUUUUGAUUUUAAUGCAGUAGGUUAGGUUAGGAGUCUCUCUGUUUAAGGUCUAUCUUUAUGUGUAUAGGUUGUUUCAUACCUAGAAUAACAUUUUAGUCACCCCCCACUACUCGACGCAGAUAAAUGCGUCCUGCUAAAUUUUAAGUAGAUUGCCUACCGAAACCUUGACAUAACGCUGUAAUGCGCGUCCUAUGCUGAUAAACGUUUUGUCAUGAUAUGAAUAAGUUAACUGCCACUUACCGUAGACGGGUAUUAGUGCUAUAGAAUUAAAUAAAAAUAAUUUUCAAAAGGAUCUUUAUUCGAAUAAAAACAUUUUCAUCUCAAUGAAACCUAAAUUUAAGGAUUUUCAUUUCUCUCAUGCCACUUCUCAAAACAGCUGGGGCAUAAAGCUGGUUUCCCUAUACAUCCUUUGCACCUGUAGUUUAUUUCCCUACGCAGAUUUUUCAUAGUGCAUAGUGACCAUUUUUUCUAGGAAUAGUGUUGUUGUCUCGUUUGUUGCUCGUCUCGCAAUUUUCAGACUCGUCCAAGAAAGUAGCAAUUUCAGUCCUUGGCAUACAAAAAACUAAUUAUGAGGCAGUGUCUUAUAGUACACGUCACUUCCAAUAGUUUUUCCAAAUAGAUAAGAGUUAAAGUUGAAAACAAUCUUGCAUCACCUUGUCUACUGGGGUCACAAGAAGAUAAAGACGUAUACUUCCGUUGAAUGUUGUCCCACUUUGUAUCCAUUUCGAGGUCAGUAUGGUUGAAGUGCUCAAGUAAUUCCUUCUUUAGAACUUACUAAUCCCAAACUCCAACUGUCGUGUACAAUCCCAUUAUUAUCAUAGUGGUUGAUAUUUUUAAAUAUACUACUUCUCUGUAUAUAGAGCAGAAAUUAAAUUGAUUUAGUUAGAACUAGAAAGGCAUUUUGUCUGAUGCUCGUAAUGGAGCAGUAAAACUGAGUCCGUGAAUCGUUCAAAAAUUUCAAUAACAUCUGACUGAUAAACAGAAAAAGGUGUUAAAGAGUGUUUGAAGGAAAUUAGGAGAGAUAUUGAAUCCGGAGAUGAAUGAUUAUUAUCACAAUAGAACAGACAAAUUAUCAUCGUACUGUUAAUACUUUAUUUCGAAAUUUGAUUACUGGUGAUAUCCCAUAUUCUUACUACAGAAACUUAUUCAGAACGUAAAUUUUAUAUACAAAGAAUUGUAGAAAAUCUACUCAGCUACAAACUUUUCAUUUGAAAAAAUGCUAAAAAUUUAUAAAUUUGUGCGAUCAGAUUGUUGCUAUCUACCAGUUUGUACUUUUACUAGCAGUGCUAACCAACCUUGACGAAAUGCAGAUUAUAAAAAUAAAAAUCCUUUUCAAAUGAAGAUAUUGAUGGGAAUAUAAGUCCUUAAAUGUGAGAAUAGAGCAUGGAGAUCGAAAUCUAUCAGAAAUAUAUAUAAAAAUAAAAAUAGCCAUUAACUACCGACAUCACCUUUACCGGUGGGUCGUGAGCCGUACUGUUCCAAUUUACGGAACUCGAUCAAACGCCGUACGGCGUCUACUCUCAGUGAACGUGUUAAAACAAUUAGGAUAAAAACAAUGGCUAUUUCAAAAUGCGUAGGAUUUUGGUUGGAUUUUCGAAAACUUUACUUAUCGGCAAUUCUGAGACUGUUUUAGAUGUUUAAAAAACAAAUGGCAUUUUUCUUAAUCUCUAUAUGGACAGUCUUCAUAACAAUUUUCAUCAAAUUCUGAGGGGGUCAAUUAAUUUUUUAUAUAUAUAAUAAUUUCAUAUGGAAUGACGCUGUAAUUUAAGGAAAACAAUCUGUUUUAUUAAUAAUUUUAGAUAAAUAGAUUAUUUAAUAAUUUUAGAUAAAUAGAUUAUUUAAUAAUUUUAUGCACAUCAUAGAAAGUGUUUUAUUUGAUUUGCUUCGUUGGUAUAGAUAUAACGCACUUCUGCUCAAUACUGUCAUAAGUCAAGAAUCCAAACUGUCCAGUAAUAAUCGUUUGAAUUUAAUUCCAAAUUUAUUUUUCACUUUUCGUAUGAUAACUCAAAAACUGACGAAAUUACUACGAUGGUGCUAUUUAAGUGACAUAAUUUGAGAUAAGUUUUGUAGUACCAAUAGUACAAUAAAAGAGAUUUUUUUGAGUCAUGACACUAUUUGAGUGGAGGUGCGAUAUCACUGUCAUAAUUAUUGUUUAUUUAUUUAAUUUUUUAAUUUAGAAAAAAAUCUAUUAUACUAGUCAACAGAAAAAUUAAUUUAAUUUUUUCCUAUUGGAAAAGAUUAUAUGAUUCGUAAUGUUUAUAGAAAAAAUAAAUUGAAAAAAUGGAAAAAAA